CUCGUUUCGCAGGGUCCUUUAUUGCAAAACCACGGCAUCACCUCCCCCGUCGCCAUCUGCGCUACCGUGAACCCGUCGCGUCUCGGCUUCCUCCUCACCGCCCCGCCGUGCACGAGCGGAGCUCGCCGUCGCCUCCCCUGCCGAGAGUCCCGGGACCUGAUCCCCACGCCGAGAGCAGUGGUGGUGCUAGGAGAUUAGCCAUGGCGAGGUGGCGCCCGGCGGUGCUGCUGGUAGUGGCGCUGGCGGCGGUCCUGUCGGCGGCGCGGCGGGCGGACGCGCUGUCGGUGACGGUGACCGACACCGAGUGCAUCCACGAGUUCGUGCCAUACGAGGGCGACACCGUGUCCGGGAACUUCGUCGUCGUCGACCACGACAUCUUCUGGAGCUCCGACCACCCCGGCAUCGACCUCACGGUAACUUCACCAGGUGGCAACACUGUACAUACGUUGAAGGGGAAAUCUGGUGAUAAAUUUGAAUUUAAAGCUCCAAGGGGUGGCAUGUACAAGUUUUGCUUCCAUAACCCAUACGGAGCACCUGAAACUGUUUCUUUCUACAUUCAUGUUGGGCACAUACCCAAUGAACACAAUCUGGCAAAAGAUGAGCACUUGGACCCUAUUAAUGUUAAAAUUGCGGAGCUGAAGGAAGCAUUGGAAUCCGUCACUGCUGAGCAGAAGUACCUAAAAGCACGUGAAGCUCGUCACCGGCACACAAACGAGAGCACGAGAAAGCGCGUCAUGUUCUACACAAUGGCGGAGUACCUAGCUUUCAUGGCAGCUAGCGCAUUGCAAGUCGUCUACAUCCGCCGCUUGUUCAGUAAAAAUGUGGCAUACAACAGAGUGUAGGAUACAACUCUACUUUGAAGGCGUCAAUGGAAGCAGCGUAUGGUUGGAACGGGAAAACAUUUUCUGUCAAUUUGACAAAUUGUAGCUCUGCACCCUCUUUUCUUCUUUUCGUAGCCUAUAAGCAAAACUUUUUAAUUUAUCAUGUACUUUUAGCAACUCUUGUGAGAUGUGAAGUGCAUUUGCUGUGAACAUAUAUCCAUAAUUAAUGCUCAGAGGAUUGGUCGUGAAA